UGCCGUAUCGUUUGUGUUGAAGGAAACAAGUGCUGAUGUUUGAUGUGCGUGACGAUUCAUAAAAUUAUUAAAAUAAAUGAAUUCCAAUUAAAAAAGCUAAUAAAUAUAAGCCGAAAGUGAUUAUGUUAUAAGAAAAGUGAUAUGCGAUAAAUCGUUUACAAUUCUACAGUGAUUAAAACAUUCAUCGUUUUUUCCCACUGACAGCCAACGAAUCGGUUGAAGGGGUAUCGGUCAAAAAUUUAAAGAAAAAUCGUGUAGUAAACAAAAAAGAAAAUAAAUGUAUUGAAAUUAUUACAAAACACAUAAGGUGCAUUUGUUUCUUAACUAUAUAACGACACAGACUAUUAAUUUAAUAAAAUCAUUGCAAAGGCAUUGGAAAGUGUGUUCGUGUGUAUAGCCACAGGAGUACCAGCGGCAACCAAAGAAGUAACACCAAAUAGCAAAACACUAAACAGGGAAACAGCAAGGCAAAAUCUAACAUGGCGAGCGAAAUCGAUGAUCUAAUAGAGAAAUUAAAAUCCACCUCGGUGUGUCCGACGCAUUCCAGUAGCAGCGACAGCAGCGACAAGACCAACAAUCUGCUUACCAAAAUAUCCGCUACGAAAGAUCCAAAAUUAUUCGACAAACACGAAUUGGCCGAUCUCUUCAUGACCUUAGCCCAAUCAAAGGAAUCGAACAUACGGAAGGAGGCGGCCAAAUGUAUAGCGGAGAUCACAAAAUCCGAAGUGCAACGGAAGAAAUUCACAAAACGUGAAAUAAUCGAAGUGUUUUUGAAAUGUCUGCGCGAACUAUCGGCGGAUGAAAAUAUGGAGUUGCCCAUACAAAUUUGUCGUGCGUUGGGUAAUAUCUGCUAUUUGAACGAUGAGGCGCGUGAUCUAAUACUCGAAUUGAAUGGCGAUGAGGUGCUAUUGCGAUUGUUGGACAUAAGGCAAAUCGGUGACAAGGAGAAUGCGUUGCAAUUUAUAAAAGUACGUGGUGGUCUACUGUCGAAUUAUCUGCUCGGCGGUGAGGGUUUGGCUAAACGCGCUAUGGAGUUGGAAAUUAUGGAAAAGAUACAGCAGAUCAUAACAAUCGGUGUGGGUAAUGUUGAGGAACAUGAGGAUUUACUCUUGAAUACCUUACCCUUGCUGAGCAUACUCACCGAAAAUGUGGCCGAUUUGAAUUUUGAUGCGAAUCUUAAUAUACAAUUAUCACAUAUUUUGGCUGCCUCCACAAAUCCCGAUUUAGCGGAAAUGUGCCUUGAACUGUUGCAUUAUCAGGCGGAAAAUGAUGAUGUGAAAUUAUUGUUGGCCAAAGAUGGUUUGUGUGAGACGAUCUAUAAUUUGCUUGAGAAAUAUAAGACUUUGGCGAGUACCAGUGAGGCGCGUGCUCUCAUGAAAUUGGCAUGCGAAUUGAUUGUGUUGAUACUCACGGGAGACGAAUCGAUGCAUUAUCUAUACUCCACCCCACUUCUGAAGAGCAUGGAAGAUUGGCUCGACUCACAGGAUAUCGACCUUCUCACCACCGGUGUGCUGGCCUUAGGCAAUUUCGCACGUACAGACAGUCAUUGCAUUUAUAUGGUGAAUAACAAGAUUAUGAACAAAUUACUCGAUGUCUUGGCCAAAAAUAAUGGCGUAAAGGAUGAUGUGCGUCUACAACAUGCACUUCUUAGUGCGCUACGCAAUCUCGUUAUACCGAAACUAAAUAAAAAUGCGGUAAUACAAGCGGGACUUGUCGAAACUAUACUGCCGAUGUUGGAGAUACAUCAACCGCCAGUAGUUUUCAAACUGCUUGGCACAUUGCGUAUGACUGUGGAUGGGCAAGAGAAACUUGCCUUGGAACUCCUACGCAAUAAGACACUCAUCGAGCAACUGGUGCAUUGGAGUAGAUCUUCCGACUAUGCUGGCGUCACAGGCGAAUCCCUACGGCUAAUGGCUUGGCUGAUCAAACAUGCCUAUUUGGGUCGUAUUGCUUACGCGUUGCCACGUAAAGGCGAUGCGCCAGUCGAACAUUUCGCCGACAAACUACCGCCGGAGGAUUACGAUCGCAGUAGCUUGAAAGCUUUCAUCGCCAAUGAGGGCACCGUUGAGGCUAUGAUCAAUAUGUUGACAUCACAACAUUUAGUUAUGCAAAAUGAAGCUCUAAUUGCCUUAUGUAUAUUGUCUGUGGUCUAUUUAACGAAUAGCAAUGCGGCUAAAACGGAUGAUGUUAAUCUCGAAGAGAUUUAUAUUAAAUAUGAAGUGGGCAAGAAAUUGGCUGAAUUGAUACGUAAAUCAUCGGAUACAAUGACCAAGGAGAUUGUGGAAAAUUUGCAAAAUUUUAAUAAUCUAUUACGCACCUCCAGCAAGCUAGUGACGCAUUUGGAAGAGAACAAUAUUAAUGAGUUGCUGAAAUCGAUACCGAUACUAACCGAGUAUUGUACACUCUAAAAGGAUGCCUAUCUAGCUAGCAUACCGCGUACAUUAGUUUAGGGAAAGGGGUAUUUGUCAGUUAGGGCUCUGAUGAAAUAUGUUUUAAAUGGUGGCGAUAGAAAACGUGAGUGUCGAUAAAAUGAUAAAUUUUUACUUAGGGAAAAAAAA